GCCACAUUGUGUAUACCUGACCUGAUUGAAAGACCUCAGCAUGCUGUCGCUGUUGCUCUCUUAUCACCCUCUUCUUCCUCAUCUUCUUCCUUUUGUUUGCAUACCACGAUAAGAGGCAACGUCACCAGCCAUCAUCGACUACCUGUACCUCUACCUGGCCUUACAUGUACCUUAUUGUUCCCGAUCCUGUACCGUACACACAUGUAUACACCUACGCACCUACGCAUACAAUAGACCGCAGCAUUACCAAGGAUCUGUCCCCCGCGCUACCACUCGCACACCUCUCCAGCGCGCCUUCCACACCCACUACGAGACCAUUCUAUUGCAUCUGAUAGAGCGCAAGGCGCAAACUCAGGGACGGAGGGCAGGGUCCUGUCCCGUCAACACCCAUGGAUAACAGCGAGGCCGCCAUCGAAGCCGAGCUUCAACUAGACGCGGAGGCGACUGCGAGGGCGCGUUCACAAAGGCACCGAGGACAACAACACAUCGCGUCGAAUGCUACAAAGGGCGGAGCAACAGCAACACAUGAUGAUCUGGACGAAUUCGCUUCGCUUCUGCCGGGGAGGCAACUGUCAGAAGAUGGGCAAGAGGAGGACAGCCGACGGCCAUCAUGGCAUGGGAGCAUGGAGUUUGACCAUUUGCCGUGGCAUAAACGGCCUUCGAUCUACUGGGUCCUCGGCCCUUUCUUCAUCAUGGCCUGUGCUUUUGGAGGCAUCAUUGCGCCCAAGAUGAAUUUGAUACUGGAUUUGAUCUGCAGGGAGUAUAUCGCAGAACGGAGUAUGGUUCCGGGAUUCACCAUGGCUCCUGUGGAUUUCAAUAACCCCUCCGCUCCGAAUGAUCAAUGUGGUAUACCCGAAGUGUCUGCGAGGACCUCCAUGUUCAAUCUCUGGGGAGGACUCAUCGGAGGCUUGCUCUCCGCCUUCACAGCCCCCAAGUUGGGCGCUCUCUCGGAUCGAUAUGGACGACGGCCGGUACUCGUCAUUACCAGUCUAGGAACAAUAUGCGGCGAAAUCGUCACCAUCUUUGCUGCUACCUACCCGGCCACUUUUCCCGUACCGUUGCUGCUGCUGAGCUACGCCUUCGAUGGCUUGACUGGCUCCUUCAUCGUGGCCAUGUCGAUUGCCAACGCAUACGCCACAGAUUGCACGCCGCCGAACAUGCGCAACGUCGCGUUUGGCUACUUUCACGCGGCUCUCUUCACAGGUAUCGCCAUUGGUCCGAUCAUCGCGGGUUACAUUGUCAAAUUGACGGGCAGUAUAGCCACUGUCUUCUACGCCCUUGGCGCAGUGCACGUGGCAUUCAUGUUCUUCGUAGGAUUCGUAGUUCCCGAGUCGCUCUCAGAGAAGAGACGCAUGUUUGCACAAGAGAAGCAUCGAGCGAUGCAAGCUGAGAAAGAUCCGAAUAGAGAUUGGAUCAACACACUCCGCUCUCUCAAUGUCCUGGAGCCACUGAAGAUCUUGCGGCCCAAAGGUCCUGGCAGCAGCAAGGCACUCCGACGAAAUCUGCUGGUUUUGGCUGCAGUCGAUACUAUUGUCUUUGGUGUCGCCAUGGGCAGUAUGGCUGUUGUGAUUAUCUAUAUGAGACUUCAAUUUUCCUGGCAGAGCUUUGAAGCGGGCAAGUUCAUGUCGAUUGUGAAUAGCACGAGAGUCGUUUGCUUGCUCUUCGUUCUGCCAGCAUUGACGCGACUGGUGCGUGGAAGGCCGGAUCGGGCGAAGACUGAGAAUACCGGGGCAGAUCUGUUUGACCUGUCGAUCAUUCGUGCGGCCAUUUUCAUUGACGCCCUGGGUUAUCUUGGCUAUACUCUCGCAAGAAGCGGUUCCGUCUUCACGCUCUCUGGUGCAAUAGCAUCCUUUGGUGGCAUUGGAUCGCCGACUCUGCAGUCAGCGUUGACCAAGCACGUUCCGAUCGAUCGCACAGGACAACUGCUUGGUGCAAUCGGGCUCUUGCAUUCGCUUGCUCGAGUGGUCGCACCGGCAGUGUUCAGCGCCAUCUUCGCAGCGACUGUGGGCAAGUUCAAUCAGGCAGUUUUCGUAUGUUUGUGUGCCACAUUUGGACUGGCAUUUAUUGUCAGCUGGUUUAUCACACCCCAUGUAUACUAUGAUGAAGAUAAGGCAGACGACGAAGAGGUGGAAGCAUCUCCAUCUUCAGCGCCAGGUCGAAUACCGAUCGUGAGCUCGGUCACGGAUGCCGCCGUAAACUUUGUACGUAAAGCCAGAGGCUCAGCUUCGGCUUCGUGAUGCAUUUACUCUUUUAGCAACGGGACCAUUGGAAAGACAGAACAUCCACGGCACACAGCCGGAGCCACAUUUGUAGGAAGGCCUCACAACAGCAAUGAUAGCAAUUUAUAUCAGAUCUACAGCAUGAAGGGGCGAUACGAUGAAGUUUGGUCGUGCAUCUCUAUUCUUUUCCCUUGUCCUAGUCAUUGCAGCUCUCGGCGUUCUCGUUUCAUCGGGUAUAUAGCCUGGAAAGGAG